AUGGCUGCUGAUUCAGUUGAAAUUGAGCUGCAAGUAAGAUUUGUUACUAAACAGGAGCAAUAUGCCGUAUCUGAUAGCCCUUAUGCUAUUCAAAGCAAUGUACAGGCCUCGGACCUUAAUACCUUAAUUAAUGCGCUCUUAAAAGAAACAAAUUCAUCGAUCCAGAAAACGGUGGAGUUUGACUUUCUAGUAUGUGGUGAAUUACUUUGCUCCUCACUAGCAGAACAUUUACAAGAUAAAGGGGUUUCAACAGAAAACACAUUAGAAAUUGAAUAUCUGGAAAGGUUUCCUGCCCCUACGCCUCAGGAAUGUUUAAUGCAUGAUGAUUGGGUAUCUGCAGUACAAACUAAUGGAAACUGGAUUCUGACUGGUAGUUAUGACAACAGCAUUCAUAUUUGGAACACUAAAGGGCAACAUAAACUGGCAAUUCCUGGUCAUACAUCACCUGUCAAAGGUGUUUCCUGGAUUUCAUUUGAUGGUGAUCAGGCAGUUUUUGCAAGUGGUUCUCAUGAUCAGUCUGCUAUGCUAUGGGUGUGGAAUGUGACUCGCAACUCUGUUGAUUGUAUUGUUACUUGCCGAGGCCAUGACAAGGGGGUAGAAUGCCUUGCUGUAGCCGCAGACACUAGGCGCUUUGCAACUGGAAGUUGGGACAACAACAUCUGUUUAUGGAGCACUAGUUUAACAGAUGAGGACAAUGUUCCAGCAAAGAAAAGGAGCAAACCUGAGCAUGGAAAUUCGAGGGAGCCCAUGACGACAUUAAAAGGCCACAGAGAAGCGGUCUCUGCUGUGCAGUGGGUUGAUUUUAACACAUUAUUAUCCAGCAGCUGGGAUCAUUUGUUAAAGCUAUGGGACUGCGAACUUGGUGGGAUCAAACAAGAGAUUGCUGGUAAUAAAGCGUUUUUUGAUGCUGAUUGGUCACUGCUAAAUAACAGCAUUGUGACGGCCUCCGCCGACAGACACAUUAGAGUUUAUGAUCCAAGAUCUACAGAAAGUAUUGUGAAGACAACAUACACAUCGCACACGGGCUGGGUACAGUCGGUACGUUGGUCCAAAACUCGCGACACUCUAUUUCUGUCAGCUGGAUAUGAUGGACAAGUGAAACUUUGGGAGACCAGAAGCCCAAGGACCCCGCUCUACGACCUGACUGGCCACGAGGACAAAGUCCUGUGCUGCGAUUGGUCGAACCCAUCGCUCCUCGUCAGCGGCUCGUGCGACAACACCGUCAGAAUAUUCAAGGCCAAACAUGCAGUGAACCCG